UUCAUUUCCUCCUUGUCAAGGGUCAUGGUAUGGGAUGAAGUAAACCAAAGUUCUGUAUCCACAUUCAUCCUGGUGGGCUUCUCAGAUUAUCCAAACCUCCAGGCUCCCCUCUUCCUGGUGUUCUUGUCCAUCUACACAGUCACAAUAGUGGGAAAUUUGGGCUUAAUUGUGGUCACAAGAAUCAAUCCCAAACUUCAUACACCCAUGUACUUUUUCCUUAGCCACCUGUCCUUUUUGGAUAUUUGUUACUCCAGUGUGCUUACACCUAAACUAUUAGAGACCUUAGUUGCAGAAGACAGAACUAUCUCUUUCAAAGGAUGCAUGACACAGUUUUUCUUUGGCUGUACAUUUGUGGUUACAGAAAUGUUCAUGUUAGCAGUGAUGGCCUAUGAUCGGUUUGUGGCUGUUUGUAACCCCUUGCUCUACACAGUUACAAUGUCUGUCAAGCUCUGUGCUCUCCUUGUAGCUGGGACUUAUUUAUGGGGUAUACUUUGCUCCCUGAUACUCACAUGUUCUCUUUUGGAGCUAUCCUACUGUGGAUCUAACAUCAUCAAUCACUUCUGCUGUGAUUACACUGCUAUCCUCCCUCGCUCCUGUUCUGAUCCCUACUUCAGUCAGAUGGCGUGUUUAGUCAUUUCUGUCUUCAAUGAGGCUUGCAGCCUCCUCAUCAUCCUGGCCUCCUAUGUCUUCAUCCUCGUCACUAUCAUCAGGAUGCCCUCUACAGGUGGACUCCGUAAGGUCUUCUCUACUUGUUCCUCUCACCUGACUGCUAUCUCCAUCUUCCAUGGAAUCCUCCUCUUUAUCUACUGUGUACCCAACUUUGUAGGGUCAUUGCUUCUCAUCAAAGUGGCCACUGUGUUUUACACCAUCAUGAUUCCCAUGCUGAAUCCCCUCAUCUACAGCCUUAGGAACAAAGAAGUGAAGGAGACAGUCAAGAAGUUAAUCAGCUCCAAUUUCAUUCUCACUCAAUAA